GGUGAAAUCAGGGCUACAGGAUUCAACGAACAAGUUGAUAAGUUUUAUUCCCUUAUCGAAGUGAACAAGGUGUAUUACUUCUCUAAAGGCACACUGAAGAUUGCUAACAAACAAUACACAUCUGUAAAGAAUGACUAUGAGAUGACUUUCAAUGGUGAAACAUCUGUAAUCCCCUGUGAUGACUCUUCAGAUGUACCCACAGUUCAGUUUGAGUUUGUGCCCAUCAGUGAACUAGAAAAUAAGAAUAAAGACACACUAUUGGACAUCAUUGGGAUUUGCAAAAGUUAUGAAGAUGCUACCAAGAUCACUGUAAAAUCAAACAACAGAGAAGUCUCCAAGCGAAAUAUUCACCUAAUGGACACCUCUGGGAAAAUGGUCACAACAACUUUGUGGGGUGAUGAUGUAAGAUUCUUAAAUUUAUUGCUCAGAAUAUCAUUAUUCAAGCGUUGUGAUAUAUAA